UUUCUUAAAUAAUGUAACUGUGGUUGUCAGUUCAGCUGGGGAGGAUCUGUCAAUGAAUAGCUUGACACAUUUGUAUAAACUAAUGUUAACCAGAAAACUAACCAGAAUGCAGUACAUCAACCACCACUGCAGAAUUAGUGCAGCCUGGACAUCAAUGGAAACUUGUGAAAACUGUGUGGAAUGGACAGAAUUGAAGGACAAAUAGAGGAGCGAGGGUACUGGGGCAGUAAAACAGAGUUUCUUCUGGCUGUGGCAGGGAAUGUGGUUGGACUGGGUAACGUGUGGAGGUUUCCUUACCUCUGCUACAAGUAUGGAGGAGGGGCGUUCCUGAUACCCUACCUGGUGUUUGUGGUUACCUGUGGGGUGCCUCUAUUCCUGCUAGAGACCGCUAUGGGACAGUAUACACAGGAAGGGGGCAUUACAUGUUGGCAUCGGCUCUGUCCAUUAGCUGAGGGUAUUGGCUAUGCAGGGCAACUGAUCCUUCUGUACAGUUGCAUGUAUUACAUCGUCAUUCUGUCUUGGGCACUUUUCUACCUCAUCUUCUCUUUUAGCCCCCAACUGCCGUGGGCCAGUUGUGACAACACCUGGAACACAGAUGACUGUGUGAAUCUUGCUGCAAAGAAUUUGACCCUCAACCGAACAACGCUGAUUAAUUCAACACCUGCAGCUACUGAGUUCUGGGAACGCAGAGUGCUGUCUCUCUCUGGAGGUAUUGAGGAGAUCGGUAAGAUCAACUGGGAGAUUCUUCUGUGUCUUAUUGCAAUGUGGGUCAUAUGUUAUUUCUGCAUCUGGAAAGGAGUCAAAUCUACAGGCAAGGUGGUGUAUUUCACAGCUACAUUCCCUUAUGUGAUGCUGCUGGUGUUGCUGAUUCGUGGGUUGACUCUUCCUGGAGCUCUGCAGGGGAUUGUGUUUUACCUGUACCCUGAACCGGCUCGUCUCUUUGACCCACAGGUUUGGUUAGAGGCCGGAGCUCAGAUCUUAUUUUCCUACAGUGUGUCUGUUGGCGCACUCACUGUUUUAGCCAGCUACAAUAAAUACAACAACAACUGCUACAGGGACAGCUUGUGGCUUUGCGUUCUGAACAGUUGUACAAGUUUGGUGGCUGGUUUUGCUGUGUUCUCAGUCUUGGGCUUCAUGGCCCAAGAGCAGGGCAUCCCCAUUGCAGAGGUGGCAGAAUCAGGGCCAGGACUAGCGUUCAUAGCUUAUCCACAAGCAAUAGCUAUGAUGCCUCUUCCUCAGUUGUGGGCUGUUUGUUUUUUCAUCAUGAUUAUUUUGCUGGGGCUAGAUACACAGUUUGUUGCAAUGGAAGCAGUCACAACAUCAGUGAUGGACCUGUUCCCCACGAUUCUGCGCAGAGAAGGACGGCGAGAAAUCUUCAUCCUGCUCUUCUGUCUCACUUGCUUCUUGGGCCAAUUCAUCAUGGUUACAGAGGGGGGGAUGUAUGUAUUCCAGUUGUUUGACUACUAUGCCUGUAAUGGAGCCUGUGUACUGUUCCUAUCUGUUUUUGAGAGUCUGACCAUGGGUUGGAUUUUUGGGGCUGAGAGAAUGUUUGACAUCAUUGAAGACAUGACAAAGUCACGGCCCAACUACAUAUUCAUGCUCUGCUGGAAAUACUUGACUCCUCUCGUAUCUGUGGUGUCUUUUGUCUGUUCUAUGGUGGAGUACACACCACUCACUUUUAACCGCUGGUAUGUCUACCCGGACUGGGGAUAUGCACUAGGCUGGUUACUGGCCCUGUCCUCCAUCGUGCUGGUGCCUGGAUGGGCGCUGGGCCAACUCUUUGCUGGGAAAGGGAGUCUGAGACAGCGUUGGCGUCACCUGUGUAGUCCUGAUCCAGAGCUUCCUCUCACCUCUAAACAAAGAGCUGAAAUGAAGGAAACUACUUUCACUGCAGAGAUGGAAGAUUUAGUUAGGGCAAACAUAGGCUAGAUGAAGAUGAAAAUGGACACUAAAAGAAAAAGAAAAAAAAAAUUGUAGUCAAUAUUUUCAUUACUAUUCGAGUAAAUAGUCAUGAAGGAUACUUAACAACCUGCAGAAACAAGGCCCAAAAUUCAUUUCUUUAUCUCUGCCAACAGCUAGUAAUCCUAUUUGCUCAACACAGAGUCAGACGACAUCCCUAAACCAGAAAAGUUGUUUCACAUUAUCAAAGAAUUGUAAGAAUGUUUCUGCAUCUCAUCAGGAAGUACUUCAGAGUACAUACAAAAUAACUAAAAAUAUAAUAAAAUACCUAACUACAUAAUAAUAUUAUUGUUAGAAAUUGCAACAAUAUAAAGAUAGAAAUAUAAUACAUUUAUACAUUUAAAAUUUUAAUUAAAACAUAAUAAUAUACAAAUAUGAAAAAAUGAAUAAAUACAUUCUAAAAUAAUAAAUAGUAUAUAUAUAUAUAAAAUUAUAUAUAUAUAUAUAUAUAUAUAUAUAUAUAUACACACACACACAUACACACACACAUACAACAGAAAUAUAUUAAAUGAAUUAAACUAUAAAUUUAAAUUAUAAUAAACAAAUAUAUAUUAUAAAAAUAGACCAAGAAACAAUAAAUGCAUUAAACUAUACAUUACAAUUAUAGCAAAUGAAUAAAUCAUAUAAAUUGGAAAAAUUUCAAAUAAUGAAUAAAACACAAAUAUAACAAAUACAUUAAAUUAUAAAUUAAAAUGCUCCAUCAGGACAAGACCACGGGAGUCAGAUAAGCCCUUUACACAAUCUGACAUGGCUGCAGUUGGAAUUGAACUGCGGGUUUCGUCUGGCCAGAGGAGAACUGGCCCCCCGACUGAGCCUGGUUUCUCCCAAGGUUUUUUUUCUCCAUUCUGUCACAGAGGGAGUUUUGGUUCCUUGCCGCUGUCGCCUCUGGCUUGCUCAGUUGGGGACACUUAAUUUCUAGCGAUUAUCGUCGAUUUGAUUGCACAUAUACUAUUUAAACUAAACUGAGCUAGACAAUGACAUCUCUGAUUUCAAUAAUGAAAUGCCUUUAAUUGAAAAUUGAGUGUUUAAUCUUGUACAUUACUGACACUCUAUUCUCCAAUUUGAUACUGUUAAGUGCUUUGACAUAAUCUGCAUUGUUAAAAGCGCUAUAUAAAUAAAGGUGACUUGACUUGACUUGAGUACAUAUAACAUAUGUAUAUAUUAGUCUUCGUGUAGCUAAAAUUUUUGCAAAACGAUUAGAAUCGGUUAUUAUUAAGGCCACCAAUCUUACUAUAAUACUCAACGUUUAUUUCAUAUUAAGAACUACCUUGAAAAAAACGUAAGAUUCAUGCCUUUAGUGUCAAUUGAUGCAGAGAAAGCAUUUGAUAGAGUGGAGUGGGGUGAUGAAAAAAUUUGGCUUUGGAAAUAUAACUUCUCUAAAUGGAUUAGCUUGUUGUAUGUGAACCCUAAAGUCUCUAUAAUAACUAAUAAUUUUGUUUCUGCCUCAUUUGAUCUUCAUGGUUUAACACGUCAAGGUUGCUCACUCUCACCUUUAUUGUUUGCUACUGCUAUAGAGCCUUCAGCAACAUAUGUAUGACAGAAUGAAAAAGUUCAUGGGGCCUCAUUUAUAAAGCGUGCAUAUGCACAGAUUUGAUUCGCUUAAAUCCAUGCCAACGCUCAUAUUUGUAAAAACUGCCUUUGACGUGGAAAAGUGCUUAGCAUCAUGUCAGGGUCUGAGCAGAUGUACACACUUUUUCUUAUUUGAGUGCUGCAGGUUGUUGAAAACGUUAGCUGUUCUUGCGGCUCGCUGUUCGAAAUGAAAGAAUAUGACUGGUGAUCUAUUACAUGUUAAUAACAUUAAUUAAGAGUUGUUUGCAAGGAAUAGAGCUGAAACCAUUCAUUUGCGUACAAGUUCAAGAUCAUUCGCGAUUCAUAGAUUUCACAUCUGAAAGAGAUGUCUAUGUGUGUUUUCUGUACAAACGUUCAUUUUAUGAAUCACAUGUACGCAUAUUUGAGAGAUGAUCAUAAGAUCAAUUUUAGCAUGGUUUCUGCGCAACAUUUUAUAAACAAGGUCCCAUGGUGCCUAUAUGGGGAAAAAACAACAAAAAAAUAAAACUUUAUGCAGAGCUUUAUGUCAUUCUCACUCUUAGGCAGCCUGAAAAUUAUUUGCUGGAAAUUAAUAAAUGUAUUGAAAAAAUCUGA